AUGAUUCAAGACAUUUUUUCAACUUACCCUUAUUUUAUGGUUAAUCUAAUCAUAUCGUUAAUACUUAUAUUAAAUCAUAUAAUACGCAGAAACUACCAAUUGGGAUUGUUGAUAAUAUGGAAUCUAAUCAUCAUUUCCUAUACUCCCGUCCAUUCCAUAAGUUUAGACCAUUUACCUGUAUAUGAUUCCCAAAUUCUAUUAACUUUUUUAACAUCAAUAAUAGUAUCAUACACCUGUUUGAAACAGGAAAAUAAAAAGUCAAUUUUUGAUAAAUUUACUUAUCCUUUGACUUUUAUAAUUGUAUUUAUCUUAUUAUUGGCAUUUUUACCUCAAGAAAUGUUGCUAAGUUCAACUGCCACCAUUAAAGAUCAAAUUAAGUUUGAUCACGUGUUUAUCGCAUUAACAGUAACUUAUUUGAUUGAUGCCUUUAGCAAAUUUGCUUUUCUUUCCGAUUUCCCAACUGUCUUGGUACAAGGAAUUUGGACUUAUAAUGCCAUUGUCUUGGUCAUUUCAAUGUGGUUUAUGAUUUACAGUAAAGAUACUUUGGUCAAUAUUUUGACCAUUAUGGAAAAUGGUGCUGAUCGUCAAGAUGCAUCUUUUGUCACUUCAGUUAUUAUUUCUAAUUUAAAUCAAUUGGAACAAGAUUAUAAAAUUUGCUCCCAAGGUGCUACUUUAUUUCAAGAAUGUUUACAAGAAAGAAAUAUGGAUAAUUUACAAACUACUUAUCAAAUUGCCAAAAUUAUGGCAAUUAACUGUUGGAGUAUUUUGAAUUUGUUCUUGUUUGUUUUAAUUCCUUCAAUAAUUGCUGUUGUCUAUAGAAGAAGACAAAUGUUUGAAGAACACAAAGAAGAAGAUUUGGAAGAAAAGGUGGAAUCUGGUGUAUAA